AUGGCUUCCGUCGCAGGCCGCAAAAAAUCCAUAGUAUCGACCACGGGCCUUCAGAUUGACACCCCAGUUGCAAACAACACUCUUCUCAACCAAGCUGCUAUCACUUCUCUCUACCAGGAAUGCGUUCGAUUGCGCUCUCGUUUGUUGCAGAUUCGUGGCUUUUCACGCUAUUUUCACCUCGUCGUUUCCCAUGAUUCACGACAUUCUACCGACCCCGUAACACAGUUAUGGGACCUUUUCUCCCUCGGCAUUCCCCUGUGCUAUAUAUUCGAUCAACUCCCAGACGACUUUGAGAAGAUAAACAACUCACAGUUCGAUGAAGCGCAGUACGAGGCGAACCCGGACCGUGCAAAGAAGAGGGCUAUUGCACUCUUCAUCAUGCGUGCUGGUGACGCCCAGAAGAAGUUACCUGGCUGUGAACUAUUUACCGUCACAGAUUUGUGGAACCGCGAGUCCACUGAUGGACUGGUCAAGGUUAUCAAAGCCGUCAUUGCGAUAGUCAACCAACUGCCCGAUAGCUCUUUCGAGGACCCUCCCCCAUCACCUCCUUACAUGUCCACUCAGGACUCCUCCGAGUCCAUAUCCACAGAUCCGAAUGCUCCAAACCCCCCCUCAACCACCCAAGAUGGUGCCAGAAGUAACAUCAUACGAGAGAUGGUAGAGACGGAACGGAAAUACGUACAGGAUUUAGAGAUCAUGCAGCAAUACUCCACUGCCUUGUCUCAAAGCAACAUCAUUGAUCAAGACACCAUCCAUCUGCUCUUCCCCAACCUCAACAAACUGCUCAACUUCCAGCGUCGCUUCCUCAUUCGACUAGAGAGCACUGCCGAACUUCCUUGGCAUGACCAGCGAUGGGGCCAACAUUGGGUCGAGAGCGAAGAAGAAUUCGUCGUCUAUGAGCCUUACUGUGCCAAUUAUACCUACGCAUCGGAGCUCAUGCUCGCCUACGAAAACAGCUUGACUCCCCUCAAUCACUUGAUCGCCGCCAAAGGCGAACUGCCUGCCUUCCUAAUAAAGCCAAUCCAACGAAUCUGCAAGUAUCCUCUUCUCCUUGAUUCCCUUAUCAAAGCAGCCGACCCCGAAACCUAUCCUCACUACGAAGACCUCAAGGCAGGUUCAGCUGCCGCCAAACGUAUUACGGACAAAAUCAAUGAAGCCCAACGGCAUGCCGAGAACGAACAGACUGUUAAAAAUCUUCAGAGUCGCGUAGAUGACUGGAAGGGUCAUCAUCUGGAGAAUUUUGGCAACUUGCUACUCAACGACAUUUUCAUUGUCACCAAAUCGGACAUCGACCGGGAAUACCACGUGUUUCUCUUUGAGAAGAUUAUUCUAUGUUGCAAAGAAGCUGUCCCGCCGCCGGUUAAUGGGAAAAAGAUGGGCAAGAGUAAUUCGAUCCUCAAGAAGCAAGCAGCUCCUCCCCCUCUCGUACUACCCGGCGGGUUCGGUCAACCGCAGAAGAAAAAUACACCGCUACUUCUCAAAGGGCGUAUCUUUCUCGGUAACGUUACUAAAGCUGUUCCAACCUCAUCCCGAAUCUCGACGUCUUCUGGUACGCAGCAAUACCCACUCGCCGUAUGGUGGAAGGGAGACGAUGACCUUGAAUACUUCACCCUGCGCUGCCGCCGCGAAGACCAGAUGCGACAGUGGGAAUCUGUCAUCAACCGAUUGAUUAAUAACUUGGCACAGCGUCGAGCAUCGGAGCGCAGCAUGGCCAAAAUUUUGGCUAACAAUAAUCCCACUGUCAACCGCAAUUAUCCCGCCUAUCCCCCGUUCAGUUCUGCACAGCCUGGUUAUCCCGCACAAGCACCGAGUAGUGCUCACGGUGUUAAUGGUGCUAGUCGGGGCAGGGGUGAUAGUGUAUACAGCGAGCAGUCCAGUUAUCCCUCAGGAUAUGGCACAGGACCUCAUGGAUAUCCUCCACAUGAUGGGUUUGAGUUGGAAGUUGACGAGGAGGAUUUGGAAGACUAUCCGCCCACAAAUCUCCCCUCAGGACAUUCCGGACGCGGUACACCGAUUGGAAGUCGGCGUGGCAUAGCAGCUAGUAUGGCCCCAGAACGUGAUCCUCAGCCAGCACCUUAUGAUCGGCCUCGUGCUCAAACGGAAACAACAGAACACAUGCAACAAUGGCGAGGGGCACCAACGCCUACGAGCGCUCAGCGUCCUAUAGCGUCACGGCUCAAUUCAAAUAUGUCCAAUAUCAGUAGUGGGUCAUAUGCAUCUGAUACAAACUUUGGAGCGGGUGUCCGCACACGCCCCCCUCUUCGAAGUCAGUUCAGCUCAACCAAACUUAGAUCAGGCUACGAUGAAUGCGGUGAAUAUCGUACCGGUAUCCCGAAGACGCCUGCUCCCAUCAGUACGCAGCCGCCACCGCCCAUUAACCGGUCACGCAGUGCUAGUCAACCGAAUGCCUACGUUCCCAAGCCGGGCCCAACUCCACCAGUCCCGACGUCGCAAUGGAUACAUUCAGUAUCGUCCAACUCUAUCAGUAGCAUUGGUCAGAAGCGAGGCAGUGGUUCGAGUGACUCUACUGGCAGCUCGGACUACUCUCCCAACUCCUCUUCGCCCAUCACACCCUUUGGUUCCAGUGAGUCGUCACUGGGUGGUGGUGGUGUCGGCUUACGGGCGUCGCGGUCACAAACUUUUGAUUCUGUAAAUGGAGCGGGCCAUGCCCCAUUCCCUCACCCCGUCAAAGUCAAAGUGCAUUUCCACGAAGAUAUAUUUGUCAUUCAGGUUCCUCGGGCGACGGAGUACGAUGAUUUGGUAGAGAAGGUCGGACGGAAAAUCCGGCUGUGCGGUCCUCGCCGAGAUGAUGGCCCCCUUCGUGUCAAGUACAAGGAUGAAGAUGGCGAUAUGGUAUCGCUAGGAUCUACAGAGGAUGUUCAGAUGGCAUUUGAGCAGUACCGACCUGGCGGUCAGGUUACGCUGUUCGUGACAUGA